UUUGCUUGAAUCUCAUGAAUAGGGUAGGAGUUUGAAAGCCAGCAUAACGACUAUUGCUUCCCUAGUCCUCUCAUUUUGCUUUUUCUUUCCAAAACUCUGACUUCACAUUUCACUGUUUGUGCUAUAUGCAGCCCAAAAAGAAAGCAGAUUUCAGUCUUGGAAGGUUCAAAAGCCCAUUGGUGAAGUUAAAAAACAAACAAAUAAACAAACAAACAAAAAAACACAGAACAGACAUACAGAGAAAAGGGAAGUUAUUGCGGGAAGAUUUGAAGCAGAGAUGUAAGAAAACAUGCAGAGAGGGGUACCUUCCUUUGAUUCCAAAUUGUGUCCUACUGAAUCUGUAUGACAGCUUUCCUUUUUUUUUUGUUAAUUUCUGCACACUGCUUGCAGUUUUAUAAAUAAUCAAUAGCAGACACUAUGUUGAGAAUGUAACAUGAGAAUAAAAUCCAAUCCAUUUAAUUACUUUGAAUUUGCAUGUCAAAACACUCUGUGUACUUUAUUUCAAAACACACAGUGAACUCACAGCUCUCUAUAUUAAUGAACAGAUAAGAAUAAAUCUGUAUCAUCUUUUAAUUUGCUGAAAACAUGUUGCACUGUACACUAUCAAAAGAAAGUUUUUUUUGUUUGUUUUUUAAAUCACACUCUUUUCAUGGAUCGUGAGAAAUUAAGAGCAGGAUGGCAAAGGGUGUUUACACAGGCACUUAGCCAGGAAACACUGUGUUUUCCACAGAUACAGUCAGUCAGGGAGCACAUCUCCUCUGAUUUUUACAAGCGUGCUCGCUCGCUCUCUCUGUUCUCAUAUCCCUGCAAUUAUAUCGAAAAUUCUAUCUGUAGGUGAGAAAACAGAUACAGUUCUGCACAAUAUAUUCAAACGCUGCCUCUUUCUUUUAGGUAAGUACUACCACACUGAGGCCAUUUGUAGGAAUUUUACAGAGCAAGAUAAACAAAUGCAAACCUCUUAAGGAAACACAUGAACUGCAGGAUGGUUUCACCGUGAAUCGUUACCAAAAAUCUGCGUAAGAACAACACAGAAGAAUGCACUAUAAAUCUGAUGUGAAAUGCAGUACUGCUUAUUAGCAGGCUUCAUGAAAAACCUCAUGAGAUAGCAAGUCUUGUCACUUUAUUUCUGUGUGCUUUCCUGCAUUUUAAGUUGCAGCUUAAGAUCCCUUAGGAUCAUGUGAGGCUAGGUUAUAUAUUAGAGAGCUGUGUUAUAGUGCUGUGAGUGUGUAAGCCUAGCAGCUGGGUAGUGUUAUGGUUGCUGCUUUCCUGUGCUAAGCUGAUUUACUUGUUUAAGGUCUGACCUCAUCAUCCUGUCAGUAUGGAUUCCCACCUAUACAGUUAGCAGCAGCUUAGCAUCGGCUUGAAGAGCUUGCAGUAUAUUAAUCAGGGGAGAGAGAGAGAGCUACCGGUAUUUGUUCUUUUGUUGUGUUUUCUUAAGAAGAGGAGUUGAAACACAGGAGAUAACAAAGAAUCCAUUUCCUUUCUGAAAGAAUAGGCUUUUGUCUUGUGGGUUUUUUUUGUUUUGUUUUGUUUUGUUUUUCCUCAUCUCUCUGAAAAAAUGUCAGUAUCUGGAAAGAAAGAGUUUGAUGUGAAGCAGAUCCUGAGGCUCCGCUGGAGAUGGUUUAGUCACCCCUCGCAAGGCUCCACCGGCACUGGAGGCUGCCAUCAGCAGGAAGGAUAUGAGCACAGAGGGACACCGGUUCAGAACAGGUUGAAGAACCACUCUCGGGACAGAAAUGGGCUGAAGAAAAACAGCAGUCCUGUCCACCACAAUAUACUGGCACCCGUGCCAGGUCCAACCCCGGUGUACCACCGAUCUAUUCAAACCUGGCAUCAACAAAAUCUCAUAGAACAGCUUCGAGCAAAUGAGGAUAUUCCCAAAACAAGCACAGAGGAAAACUGUGUCAAAGGAGAUUCAAAAACCACACAGGAGUUGCAGAUGAUUACAGAGGAAAAUUCAGAUGAAUCUACAGAGAGGUUAUCAACAACUAGCAGUUCACUACUUGGAAUGAACACCAAUGGCUCAGAUGAAUAUUUCCAAUCUACAAACCAUGCAGAGCAAACUUUCCGCAAAAUGGAAAAUUAUCUCCAGCAGAAACAGCUGUGUGAUGUUCUCCUCAUAGCUGGAGACCAAAAGAUUCCAGCUCACAGGUUGGUUCUCAGUGCAGUGUCUGAUUAUUUUGCUGCAAUGUUUACUAAUGAUGUGCGUGAAGCAAAACAAGAGGAAAUCAAAAUGGAGGGUGUAGACCCGGAUGCGCUGAAAGCUUUGGUGCGCUAUGCCUACACAGGUAUUCUAGAGUUAAAGGAGGACACUAUAGAAAGUUUGCUAGCUGCAGCUUGUCUUCUCCAGCUAUCUCAGGUCAUUGAGGUAUGUUGUAACUUCCUGAUGAAGCAGCUCCAUCCUUCAAACUGCCUAGGGAUUCGCUCUUUCGGAGAUGCUCAGGGCUGCACAGAGCUGCUGAAGGUGGCACAUACAUACACUAUGGAACACUUCACAGAAGUAAUAAAAAACCAGGAAUUUCUUUUACUUCCUGCUAACGAAAUUGCAAAGCUCCUGUCUAGUGAUGACAUCAAUGUUCCAGAUGAAGAAGCCAUAUUCCAGGCGUUAAUGAUGUGGGUGAGGCACGAUUUGCAAAACAGGCAACGAGACCUAGGCAUGCUUCUUUCUUAUAUUAGACUGCCUCUACUUCCGCCCCAGUUACUAGCCGAUCUAGAAAAUAGUCCAAUGUUCGCAGACGACCUAGAGUGUCAGAAACUUCUUAUGGAGGCUAUGAAGUACCACCUACUACCAGAAAGACGGUCCAUGAUGCAGAGUCCUCGAACUAAGCCUAGAAAGUCUACAGUAGGUGCACUUUAUGCUGUAGGAGGCAUGGAUGCCACUAAAGGCACCACUACAAUUGAAAAAUACGACCUCAGGACUAAUAGUUGGGUACAAAUUGGCACCAUGAAUGGCAGACGAUUACAGUUUGGAGUUGCAGUAAUUGACAACAAACUCUAUAUUGUGGGAGGCAGAGAUGGUCUGAAAACUUCUAAUAUUGUUGAAUGUUUCAACCCUAUCACCAAAGUUUGGACUGUAAUGCCACCUAUGUCGACACACAGACAUGGCCUAGGAGUAGCAAUGCUUGAAGGACCAAUGUAUGCUGUUGGUGGCCAUGAUGGAUGGAGUUAUCUUAAUACAGUAGAAAGAUGGGAUCCCCAAGCACGUCAGUGGAAUUAUGUUGCGAGCAUGUCAACUCCAAGAAGCACUGUAGGGGUUGCAGCAUUAAAUAGCAAACUGUAUGCUGUUGGUGGACGAGAUGGGAGCUCCUGCUUAAAAUCCAUGGAGUGUUUUGACCCGCACACAAACAAGUGGAGCAUAUGUGCUUCAAUGUCGAAGAGAAGAGGCGGCGUUGGCGUUGCAACAUACAACGGGUUCUUAUAUGCUGUGGGAGGUCAUGAUGCACCUGCUUCCAACCACUGUUCUCGGCUUUCCGACUGUGUAGAAAGAUAUGAUCCUAAAACAGAUGCUUGGACAACAGUGGCACCCUUAAGUGUACCUCGUGAUGCUGUUGGAAUUUGCCCUCUCGGGGACAGAUUAUAUGCUGUUGGAGGUUACGAUGGCCAUACAUACCUGGAUACUGUGGAGUCCUAUGAUGCUCAAAAUAAUGAAUGGACAGAGGAAGUUCCUGUCAAUAUCGGAAGGGCUGGUGCAUGUGUUGUUGUUGUGAAGUUGCCAUGAUGACCAUAUGUAUAGUGAAACUAAAGCUUCAGCGCAGUUCCAUGGAGACUGAGUCAGGAGGAUAAAAAAUAUUUCCAGAGGGCAGUACAAACCAUAUACAUCUUAGCAGCUCACCACUAUAGAGAAUACUCAUCUCUGAGCCUUUACGGUAUUAGAGCACAAAACUGGAGUCUUCCUGCAUUGCAAAAAUCAGAGAAUUUUGUAUAAGUGAAUUAUUACUUUAUUAUACCUAACACAUAGCAAUUCAAUAAUAUGUUUGAAUGGUUCAGGUUUGUUACAAAAGUUCUUCUGUUAUUUAUCAAAUGCAGUAGGAAAGUGAUAAAUGUGUGUAAGAUUUCAUAUACUUUUUUCUUUUAUAUGUCAACAGUAAUGCUAAUGUUUGUAAAAAGAGGUUUUAUAUUUGAAGUAAAUGAAAAUGGGUAAAAGAGAAACACCUUCAACAGAGAAUUGCACAGAAGGAAAUAUUGGUCAAUAAAUAUCAUUCACAACAUAAUAUUUGCUGCAGAAGUAACUUCACUUCCAUGUUCAGAAAUUAGAAUACCCAAUUGACUUUCAAGUAAUUGUGUAAUAAAUUAAAUCCGAGAAGCGUAGAAUUUGGUUGCUGUUCAACCUCCAACAUUGCUAGUGCUACGACAGAAUAUCCAUUUUUAGCAAUAUACUCAGUUGAAUGCUGCAAGUUAAAAAAUAGUAGGGCUAAGGUAUCUUUGUUUUACUAAGUGUGUGCCAACAGAAAGAAAUCUCCUUUAUCAAAACACAAAGCCAAUAUUAUUUGCAGUCAUUUUCACAGUGCAUUGAAAUGUGACAUUUUAAUGCUGAUCACAGUGUCAGGUUAUUCCUGGGUUCAUCUUUGCCCACUAACCAUCUGUCAGUACACGUAAAACCAGUUUGGCUAUUCUUAGAAUAAUCACUGCACAUUAAAAUUUUAAAACAUUCAUGUAAUUACAUUCCUUGAGUAUAACUUACGAAAUGAAAAUUUUAUAUCAUAUUGAUAUGACAAUCUUUGACCUCAGCUGAAGAUUACCAGCUUUCUCUCAUGUACAGUAGAAAAUACGGUAAGCAAAGAACAUGUGCACUGUGUAACAGUAUAUACCAAUGCUAUACGCAUGCUUAUGUUUUAUUUGAAAUUAUGAGAAUGCUAAGAAUGAAGAAUAAACAGGAAAAGAAUCACUAGGAAAACCACCGAUAAUAUUCCACAUGCAUGAUAUUUCUUUUUGUGUGCCAAUUUUUAUGAGGGUUUUGACAUGUUUUGCUUUAAUUUCAUUUUUGAUAAUUUCAAAUGCUGAAAGUGUAUUUUAGGAAUGGAAUGUAUGUAGGAUAUACUCCAUACUGUAAAGCAUGCUAUUUGGACAUUAUCUGCUCUAGCCUCUGGUAUGUUGUUGUUACAUCAGUAAAAGAAAAUUCAGGACAAACAGAUUAAAAUUCUCGGAACAUUUCAUGAAUAUAUCAUGAAUAUUCCUGAGAGAAUAUUGUAUUUUCAGAAUUCAGCAAUAUGUGAUUUUUUUAAAAAAGUUAUACUGUUAAUUGUAUUGAACACUUCCAAAGAGAAAACCUCUUGAGUGUAUUUAUAAAAAGAAAAAAACAUUUUUAAAUUUAAAAAGCAAUUAAAUUAUGUUUAUAUAUGGCAUGCCACAUUCAAAUAAACUUUACUUUCUCUGCUAAGAAGAUCUAUAUUAUUUUAACAACUCUGUGAUUUUUAUUGU